UGUCUUUUUUCCCCUCGGAAACAAAGACCAGGAAUUUCUAGUUUUGUCGCCUAGCGAGAUUUCGAGGGCUGCAGUGUACCGGGUUUUUAUAUACUCUCUGCCCGGGCCUUCUAGGAAUGAUUCAAGCUGUAGCUCCUUUAUGUGCAGGAUAAACGCGGCGCCCUUUCUCUGUCUGAGAAGGAAGCGGUGUGCUUGGACGUCAUCCAUGCUGUUUACCUACUGUGGGUAACUCGAAUGUCAGAGCUGGGGCCCCAGGAAUUUGUGACUCUCCCUUCUGAGGUCACUGGGGUCCAGAUGAAUGGGAGCUUAGUGGUUCUGGUUGCAUUUUCCUCCUGCUCUGCCCAGGAGUAAAGUUUUCCUUUGGUGAGUAGUUUAAAAGGCAAAUUGUAGUCCCUGGAACAAGGAUAUUUGUCUUUUUCUUUCUGAAGAAUCUUUGUAGUUUUCCUGGAGUUUGAUUAGCGGCCUGAAGUACUACUUCUGUCUUUUAUUCAAAUGUCAAGCUUAUGCUUCAGAAAGGCUAAUCUGUUAAAAGACUGUAAAUCUCUGCAAAGCUAGUCUGUCUUUACAUUGGUUCCCAUUAUAGACGCUCUAAUACAACUCUACAGAGUGUGUAUGAGAUAUUGAACAUCUAUGUUGUUAGAAGUCAAGAGUCAUUAACCUUUUGCGGUUAAUAACUGGGAGAAGAGCAUAAGGAAAGCUUGACUGGUAACAAUUCAUUUACGAUGGGGAACGUCUUUGAAAAACUGUUUAAAAGUCUAUUUGGCAAAAAAGAGAUGCGGAUUCUUAUGGUGGGUUUGGACGCAGCUGGAAAAACCACUAUCUUGUAUAAAUUGAAGCUGGGAGAGAUUGUGACGACCAUCCCUACAAUAGGUUUCAAUGUGGAGACAGUAGAAUAUAAAAAUAUCAGCUUCACAGUCUGGGAUGUUGGUGGCCAGGACAAAAUCAGACCUCUGUGGCGACAUUAUUUCCAGAACACCCAAGGUCUGAUUUUUGUGGUUGACAGUAAUGACCGAGAGCGGGUCAACGAGGCCCGAGAAGAACUAACCAGAAUGUUAGCAGAAGAUGAGCUCAGAGAUGCAGUUUUAUUGGUUUUUGUAAAUAAACAGGAUCUUCCCAAUGCGAUGAACGCAGCAGAGAUAACAGACAAACUUGGCUUACAUUCCCUCCGCCAGAGAAACUGGUACAUUCAGGCUACUUGUGCCACCAGCGGAGACGGGCUCUACGAAGGCUUGGACUGGCUCUCCAACCAGCUCAAAAACCAGAAGUGAUCGGAAGCUCCCCGUUCCCUGUGCAUCGUGGCAACUCAGCUGGCCUCUUCUGUGUGCAUGUGUGCGUGUGAGGAGCCAAGUGUGGAUGUGUGGCUGGGCGUGGGAGCAGCUUUCUCACACCGUGCCUUAUACAUGCUAUAAGAAAACCGGUCUUACAUUUAAGCAAAACCAGUGUUACAUUUUAAACGCUACCUUCCAUUUCAGUCACUUUGAUGGUCAGUUUUGCAGUGGAGGGGGGAGUCCCGAAGGCUUACUGAUGCACAGCAGCCAGAGUGGUCUUCGAGGGGGAAGGAGAUGGUUGGCACCUGGACUGAGUUCAUUUGGGCAGUCCCGGACCUGACCUCUGUGUCCUUGGGGUCCAGUUAGACUUGGGUGUCCUUCUGUAAAAAGACAGGGACCGCCCUUCACUCCCGUUCACAGCCAGAGUUAACAACUGACUUUGAAAAGCAAGUGAUCGCGAGAAAGAGAAGGUACUUGCUCGCCACUGAUCUGGAGUUCAGAUGGGAACUUUUCCCUUACGUUACAUCCUAGCCUGGACUUCUUGGUUUAACGUGCUUUAUUUAAAGGAAUCAGUGAUCUUUUUCCAAGAGAGUGUAAUGACUCCGUAACACUAGAUAGCCAGUCCUUCCCUAACAGUACUUCCUCCCCUUACUUGUCUCUUACUUGCCAAAUGGAGACCACUGGGGGUAGUGACCAGUGUGAGGCCCUACCUGGGCCCUCUCCGUCAGAUGAAGGGUCAGGUGAGGUGACGUCACGUGCGUGUCCUCGCACCACCAUCUCGGAGUUCAGGCUCCCGAGACUGCUGCUCCCACUUCUCUGCUCUGUGCUGAAUGUUCUCUGCUUGAAGCAGGAGGCUCGCUCCUGGGAUGAAAUCAUCACUGUGUAUAGUUACCUUAGUCCCGCUUCCGGUUUUAGGUGGUCCUGCUCCCAGAACCACACACCUGUGAGUUCUGAGAGUUCGUGAGAGAAUCAAGAAGUUCAUUUUGGGGACGGAAUUCCCAGCAACCCCUUGUAUUGCCCUCGAGUUGGUGCUAAAUUUUGCUAUGAAACAAUGUCUAGUCUGGACCUUUCACCGUGGCGCUGAUUCCCUCUUCUGGAUGGCAAUAAUGUCAUGUGUGGAAAUAUUAAUAAAAAUGGUCUGAAGACGAGCUCAGCUCGCACGCAAUCUGACGCUCCUUUGCCCAGUAACCGAGGCUGCACUCGGACCUGAGCACUUCCUCUAGUCUGUUUACUAUUUAAAAUUUCUUCUCAGAAAAUCUUUAUCCAGUUACAGAGGGAGGGAAGAUAAGGUAAAUUUAACCCAAACCUUCUUAGUGAUAACAAUGAAGUUGAUUUAACUAGGAAGAAAUUUCCUACUGUGAUUAAUGUGGGGUGUAAAUGUUUCCCUUUAAAAUGCUGACUUUAAAGAAUGUUCAUUGCAAUACUGGCAGCCAAGUCCAGAUUUGAUUUUUAAACAUGGAAUAAUUAUGGAAAAUAAUUCAAUUGUACGUCUCAGUUGGCAUGGACGGUGUCUUUCACUCUGUAUUUAUGCUCAGUGUGCGUGCCUGGUGCUGUGCUGGGCCGUGCUGACCUGUUGAUUGGUUGGACAAUAAAGAACUUGCUUUGGAAGGAGGGAAGGCUGGCCAUGGGCUUCUCAGUGUCUUGAACU